UCGGUGGUCCAUGUAUGUUUAGUUUCAUCCAGGUUUCACCAUUGUAUAUUUUACAUACAGUAGAAUCUGUUCCAGUGGAUAUCGAGUCCUACGUUGAAGUUUUAUGCUUAAAUCUCGGAAAACACACCCAAUGCCCAUAACUGGCCCAAUGUCAUUUGUUUACCAUAUAGGGAAUGCUUUUUAUAGCCCACGUAGGCGUACCAAAGCCAGUCCAGACACCUGCUGAGCACAGUAACCGCUCCACACCACAGACAACACAAGAAGGCAAAUGGAUCAGAAGCUCUGUGUUGAGGGGGGCAUCCCCAUGUCGGACAUCAACGGCAAGGAAUGCGACGACGACACUACGACUGAAGUCGACGUCAGCGACAAUGGAAGAGCCAAGUGGUCUAACCAAAUGGAUUUUUUCCUGUCUUUGGUUGGAUAUUGUGUGGGCUUAGGGAAUCUUUGGAGAUUUCCCUACUUCUGUAACAGAAAUGGUGGAGGGGCGUUCCUGAUUCCAUAUCUGACCUGUCUUGUUCUGAUUGGCCUGCCGCUGUUCUUCAUGGAGAUAGCCAUUGGUCAGUUCUCUGGACGUGGAGCAGUGCAGGUCUGGAGCAUUUGCCCGUUGUUCAAAGGCCUGGGUUAUGUGAUGAGUAUGGCGUCCUUUAUCUGUGCCUUCUACUUCAACCUGAUCAUUGCCUGGUGCCUGUACUACCUGGUGAUGUCCUUCUAUCCUGUCCUACCCUGGACCACCUGCUCCAACUGGUGGAACACGCCAGCAUGUACAACCUUUGACACGCCCCAAGACGACGGCAAUGUAACGACAGGCAAUGUCAGUGUUGUGUACAACGUCAGCUACACUGAUGCUCACACAACGUAUGGGAACGUCAGCACACACUACACCAACGACAGCCUCUCAACCGUCUCACGGUCAGCAGCAGAGGAGUUCUGGCAGUACAAUGCAUUGCGUGUUUCUGCUGGGCUGCACGACAUGGGAGGAAUACAGUGGCAUUUGGCUCUCGCAUUGUUUGCUGCAUGGGUCCUUAUUUUUCUCUGUUUGAUAAAAGGUGUCAAAUCUGUCGGAAAGGUGGUGUAUGUUACGGCUCCCCUGCCCUAUAUUCUCCUCACACUGAUCCUCGUGCGUGCCGUGACACUGCCUGGAGCUCUACAAGGCAUCAUCUACUACGUCAAGCCAGACUUCAGUCGACUGGCUGACUUCCAGGUGUGGCUCGAGGCGAUGCUGCAAAUGUUCUACUCUCUCGGCGUCACCUGGGGCGGCCUACACACCAUGGCCAGCUACAACAGGUUCUCCAACAACUGCUACAGGGAUGCUGUUAUAAUCACGUUCCUCAGCGAGGGCACUAGUUUCUACGCAGGCUUCGCCAUCUUCGCCAUCCUGGGAUUCAUGGCAGAGAACAAAGGGGUUCACGUGUCAGAGGUCAUCAAAGCAGGUCCUGGUCUUGGCUUUGUGGCUUACCCAGAAGCCCUUGCACAGCUUCCGUUGCCUCAGUUGUGGGCAGCCAUUUUCUUCAUCAUGCUAGUCACUGUGGGAGUUGACUCCGAGUUCGCCACAGUUGAAACGGCAGUGACAGCAAUAAUAGACACAUUUCCCCAUCAACUCAAUCGACGACGAGGCUUGGUGACAGGACUGAUCUGUGCUUUCUCUUUCACUGUUGGUCUCGUCCUUGCUACACAGGGCGGUAUAUACGUGUUCAUGCUGAUCGACUGGUAUGUUGGGACCUUCAGCCUCCUGUUGGUGGGGAUCAUGGAGUGUGUCAUCGUCGGCUGGAUAUACGGUGCUGACCGGUUCAGUGGCGACAUCGAGAUGAUGCUUGGACGGAGACCCCCUGUGUUUAUGAAGACUCUGUGGUGUUUUGUAUCUCCAGUUCUUAUGGCUAUGUGUUUCAUAUUGACGAUCGUUCACUACGACUCCCCGACUUAUGGUGACUAUGUGUACCCGACAUAUGGCGUUGCUAUUGGGUUAUUCCUUGGACUGGUGUCCAUAGUACCGGUGCCAAUUUGCAUGAUACAAGAACUAGUGAAGGAAAAGGGAACGCUUCUUGAGCGAGUACGAUCCUGCUUGAGACCUGACUCCACGUGGGGGCCAAUCUCCAGCAGGCACCGUGCACAGUACACCAAGCCUGUGGAGGAAUCGGGCUGGAGGAACUCCUUCAGGAUAUAUAAAUGGUAGCGCGGGAUACAAAGUGUUGUGUACACCAAGCUAUUGGAGUCGGGCUGGAGGAACUCCUUCAGGAUAUAUAGAUAGUAGUGCGGGAUACAUAGUGCUGUGUAUACUAAGCUAUUGGAGUCAGGCUGGAGGAACCCCUUCAGGAUAUAUAAAUAGUAGCGCGGGAUACAUAGUGCUGUGUACACGAAUCUAUUGGAGUCGGGCUGGAGGAACCCCUUCAGGAUAUAUAAAUAGUAGCGCGGGAUACAUAGUGUUGUGUACACGAAGCUAUUGGAGUCGGGCUGGAUGAACUCCUUCAGGAUAUAUAAAUGGUAGCGCGGGAUACAUAGUGCUGUGUACACGAAUCUAUUGGAGUCGGGCUGGAGGAACCCCUUCAGGAUGUAUAAAUAGUAGCGCGGGAUACAAAGUGCUGUGUACACAUCGCUAUUGGAGUCGGGCUGGUGGAACUCCUUCAGGAUAUAUAAAUGGUAGCGCGGGAUACAAAGUGCUGUGUACACAUCGCUAUUGGAGUCAGGCUGGAGGAACUCCUUCAGGAUAUAUAAAUGGUAGCGCGGGAUACAAAGUGUUGUGUACACGAAGCUAUUGGAGCCGGGCUGGAGGAACCCCUUAAGGAUAUAUAAAUGGUAGCGCGGGAUACAUAGUGCUGUGUACACCAAGCUAUUGGAGUCGGGCUGGAGGAACUUCUUCAAGAUAUAUAAAUGGUAGCGCGGGAUACAUAGUGCUGACAUAUCAACAACAAAGAUAGUAAAUAUCUGCUAAUCUAUUCGUGCAUUCAUCACAGUAUAAUAAAUAUCAAUUUUAUACAACAUCCUCGUUCAUUUUUUCAUUCCUGUGGAGGAGUCGGGCUGGAGGAACCCCUUCAGGAUAUAUAAAUGAUAGCGCGGGAUACAUAGUGCUGUGUACACAUCGCUAUUGGAGUCAGGCUGGAGGAACUCCUUCAGGAUAUAUAAAUGGUAGCGCGGGAUACAUAGUGCUGUGUACACCAAGCUAUUGGAGUCGGGCUGGAGGAACUCCUUCAAGAUAUAUGAAUGGUAGCGCGGGAUACAUAGUGCUGUGUACACCAAGCUAUUGGAGUCGGGCUGGAGGAACUUCUUCAAGAUAUAUGAAUGGUAGCGCGGGAUACAUAGUGCUGACAUAUCAACAACAAAGAUAGUAAAUAUCUGUUAAUCUAUUCGUGCAUUCAUCACAGUAUAAUCAAUAUCAAUUUCUACAACUUCCUCUUUC